AGCUCAAGUAAAAUAUUGUGAAUUGAAGGGCGGUGAUUGUGAUAGCAGGCGUUCGUAGAGGGUUGGGCAAUGUACUUAUAGUUUCGAUUCCGACAUUGUCAUUAUCUGAGGCUUGUGUUACCGCUGAUUGUUGUUUUCUGCUUUCCUUAAAAUUUUCAAGUAAGCGACGAGAAAAUACUAGAGACUAAUGGAAGCUGUUGCUAACUAUCCAUUUACUCCUACUGAACCUGACGAACUUGGGUUUGAAAAAGGUAGUACUUUAUAUAUUAUUGAUAUGGAAGAGGAUCCGAACUGGUAUAAGGCCCGACAAGGGAACCAAGAAGGCAUGGUACCUGCAAACUAUAUUUCUUUGUAUCCUCAUCCAUGGUACAUACCCAGAUGUAGUCGGCGAGAGGCAGAGGCCAGACUUUUAGAAACUGAUCCGGAUACGAAUCGGGACAUACAACCUGAUGGAGCAUUUAUUUUACGGCAAAGCGAAAAUGAUCCUGGUCAGUUCAGUAUCUCGGUCAAAGAGGGUUCAUCGGUUUUGCAUUUCCGUAUAUUUUUCGAUCCAAGUGGUAAGUAUUACAUCUGGACGAAUAAAUUCGACUCAAUCAAUGCCCUAAUCGAUUAUCAUCGUCAUCAAACAAUAUACGGGGUAAAAGCACUCCUACUACGUGAUUGUGUUUCAAGUAAUACUUUUGGUUCAGUUGGUUCCGGUCCGAAUGUGGUUUUUAAUAACCCUAGCGUUCACACAAAUGCUUCUAACAAGGGUUCCCAACCACAGGCUACCGUUGGUUCACAUUUACAUACUAAAGAGCACCCUGCUCAAAUGAAUGUGGAUUUACCUCCUGGAGUGGUAUUAACAAAUUUAUCGGGGCGACAGUGUGUAGCCAAGUUUGACUUCAAUGCUGAGUUUCAAGAGGAAAUGUCAUUUCGUCAGGGAGAUCGUCUUCGACUGCUUGGUGAAGAAGAUGAGAAUUGGUGGUUUGCUGAAUUGAUAACUCAUUCUUCUAGUGGUCAACCAACUUCUCAAGGCUUAAUUCCUGCUAAUUAUGUCAAACUCUUACCAAAUAAUACGUCCAAUCCCACAAUUUCUAAUAUGCGUAGUAAUCCUUCUAAAGUUCCACAACCCUCUGCUCAGAUUGCUCGUGCUACUUAACCUCCUUUGUAUAAGUAUAGUUGCAACGCCAAUAUAUGUACACUACUUUAAUAUAUUUGAUGAACCAAUUUGUCUAAUUUCUACAGCUUGUGUUUAUUUUUAUCGUUUUCUGCUUUUGUGGAUGAACUUUCAUGUGAUAACUAUAUGGUAAGUGAUAGAAACUCAUGCUCAUCUCAGUGACUGAUUCGAAGCUCAAUUUGGAUCUCAUGUGAAUUUUCUAUUUACCGAAAGUUCAUAAUACGAUCGGUUUUCUGUUAGCAAAUUUCAGUUUAAAUCUCAGAGUCAUUUGAAUGUUUUUUUUUAAAAUGAAAUAAAUUGUACUACUGAAACUAACUGGUCAUCUUAUUACCCUUAAGUUUCGUGAUUUGUAUUUUUUUUUUCAGAAUCGAAGCGUUGCUUUGGUUUUGUUUUUCACUGUAUUUUUAAAUGAAAUAUUAGUUUCUCUGACUGAUCUACGUUUGCGAAUAUUUAUGUAUGUGGGCUAAAAUGUUUCCGAUGUAUAUAUUUGGUUUUAGGUUAUGUCAUUGUUUAGUGCAUAAUUAUCCGUGUAUAUUGCUAUUAUCAACAUACGCACAUUCUCUGUAGAAAUUACUUUCUAUAAUAGGCCAAUAAAUAGUAGUUGUAUAUAAAACACGCAAAGUUUCUUCAGCAAGUUCACGUCUUUGUUUCGUUGUAUG